AUGGGGGCACUCAACAGGUCUUUGUUGCCGUCUUUCCGUUGCCUCGUCCUUUCAAUCCUUCUGGUUUUCUUCCAGACUCAAUCGGCUUUGUCCGGACCCCUUUACAUCCGCGACCCUUCACCAAGAGCUGCCUUUGUGGCCCUUGUGUCUCCGAAUCAGCAGGACCAAAUGGUUGCCUCGGUGGCACAGCUUGAGCAGCGAUUCAACAGCAAGUACCGCUACGACUGGGUCUUCUUCAGCUACGAAGACCUUGGCGAAGACUUCAAAGAUGCCACCUCGAAUGCCACUGCCAGCACUGUCACAUACAACUUGAUCCCCCAGCAACAUUGGUCAAUUCCCAGAUCGGUUGACGCUGGUCGCUUUGAAGCUGCUGCCCAUCACAAGAGCCGCUGGUCUGCUGGUCUAUUUGCAAGAGAGAAGCGUCUCCAAGCCUACGACUGGUUCUGGAUGGUCGAGCCUGGCGCUAAUGGCAGCCGGCUACUCGUCCAGACGCAGUUCAUGUGCGACAUCAACGUCGAUAUCUUCCGCCUCAUGAAAGAACGUGGCAUUGCGUAUGGAGUCAACAAGGCACCAAUUCAAAAUAUCGAUGACUCGAAGCUGUUGUGGCAGAGCACCAAGUCGUUCAUCACCAAACACCCUGAGCUGGUUCGACCUACUGCCGACAUCACUUGGAUCCUCGGCGAUGACGGCAAUCUGAGCAAGCCCAGCGUUUCUUCCGACUACUACGUCGAUUACGCGGACGAAACGGAAGUCGACCGCGACUUUCACUUGAAGACUAGGCCCUGCAGAGUCAGCGGACCAGAAACUGAGGGCGGUGUGCUGCCCAGUGAUCCCCAUGAGGCUGAUCCUGAGCAGUGCUUCCCCAACUUGGGAGCGAGUGAUUAUUCUGCCUGGCUUCCCUCCGCCUACGAGAAGUGCGGUGCAAACACUCAAAUCGAGAUCGGCAACCUGAACCACUUCCGCGGUCUCCAGCACAGUUCCUACUUCAACCACCUGGACGACGCCGGCGACUUCUAUUACGGCAACACCGCGAACGUCCCCGUCCACUCUUUGAGUGCUACUAUGUUCCUCCCUCGCGAGAAGUUCUGGCUCCCCGGUGAUAUCGUUUGCGAGAUGCGUGGCCUCCAGAGUUGCCCUUCCGUGACGGGUUUCAUUUACGAUAUCGAUACCGCUGACGACUCGACCUUCCUGACUGACAUCUUUGGCAGUUCUUGGUUCCAGUCGUACGAGGGCAGCCACCUUUCCGUCUUCCACCGCAUUUGGGCAAACUUGGCCUGGGGGAUCGCUCGACAGAACGCCAUCCCUGCUCCACAGACUGGUCACACUGCUCUCGACGAGCGCAACUUCAAGAUAUACAAGCCGGAGCGAUACCCCGUCGAUGUCAACCUGGGCUGGUACUCGCUGGAGGACACUUGGCGCUCAUGGUCAAUCGACCGCACCAAGUGCUUCUUGACUGCUUUGGGAUGGUAG